GGGGCUGUCUGAGAGGAGAGGAGCGAAGCGAAGCGAAGCGGGCGGGAGGGGGAGCGCGAUGUGAAGCCCCUACACGGCCCGGCCGGGCAGGCGCCGCCGCCUGGGAAUGCGCGUCUGGCAGACGCGGCGACAGGUGAGCCGCGGGGCGGCUGAGCGAGCGGGCCCCUUCCCCGCGCGGUGCAUUCCGGCCCCAUGAGCGCCCAGCGCGUGGAGAGGCGGCCGGGCCCGCGGCCUGCCCCCAACUGCCAGUGACUCCGGCGCGGCCCGCGCGCGCGCCCGCCCGCAGCAGCUGCAGGAGGCGGGUGCGGGGCCGCGUAACCGCCCCGCAGUUGCCCGCGCGGGGAGGGGUCGGCGGGGGAGGGGCGCGCGAGCUGCAACUUGGUCGGGCGUGCUGCUGCUGCUGUGAAACCUGCCUGUCUGGGUCACGCAGACCCCCCACCUUGCACCCGUCCGUGUCACAUGGGGCCUCUGCCUCAGACACAACACUGGCCAGGGCAGAGCCGGAGUGGUGCAGCCCGGCUAGCGCCCGGAUGCCAGCACAGGGGCAGUGCGGGGAGGAGGAGAAGAGCCCGUGGCAUGGGCUAGCCACCCCCGUUCCGCAGCACCCACGCGUCCGGGCCCCGAGCGAGAGCAGCGUGCCUCUGUCUGCGGCUUCCCAGCCUGCCCGUCCCGGCGAUGAGCCUGUAAGCUUCACUAUGAGGCGGGGUGGAUGGAGGAAACGAGCCAGUAAUGACGAUGGCUGGGGGAUAUGGGGAGGAUACAUGUCUGCAAAGGUCCAGAAACUGGAGGAUCAAUUCCAGUCAGAUGCGGCUAUACAGCAUCAGAAGGAUGGAAUUUCAUCCAAUAUCUUUAGUGGAGUUGCCAUCUAUGUCAAUGGCUUUACAGAUCCUUCAGCUGAUGAAUUAAGGAGGUUAAUAAUGUUGCAUGGUGGCCAAUACCAUGUGUACUAUUCCAGAGCUAAAACAACGCACAUCAUUGCCACAAAUCUUCCAAAUGCCAAAAUAAAAGAACUGAAAGGGGAAAAGGUGGUUCGACCAGAAUGGAUCAUAGAAAGCAUAAAAGCUGGACAUCUCCUCUCAUAUAUUCCAUAUCAGCUUUACACGAAGCAGUCAAGUGUUCAGAAAGGUCUCAACUUCAGUACCAUAUGCAAACCUGAAGAUCCUAUGCCAGGUCCUAGCAAUAUAGCUAAAGAGCUCAACAACAGGGUAAAUUGUGUAAUAAAAAAGUAUGAGACUGAAAAUGAGACCAAAGCCAAUGGCAUCAGUAGCUGGAAUGAGGAAGAGAAAGAAGAAAGUGAAGAUUUAGGCUUUAUGGAGUUGGAGCAGGUCUUUCCUGGGAGGAAACAAAAUGGAAUUCAGCAUCACAGAGACAGCACUGCCAUUUUUAAUGGACAUGCUCAUAAUUCUACCAGUGCCUUACAGACACAGGAUUGCGUGAUGCCCUAUGGCAAUAGAGUUGCAAGCAGGUUAUCUCCAGGCUCUGUGCCAGAGAAGGGGAAGACUGAAAAAGGCAUCAUUGACUUUAGAGACUGCACUAUGCAGCAGUUGCAGGAAAGCAACAAAAACACAGAUCUUUUAAAGAACCCACAUAGGACUACGAGUAAUUCAUUCUCAUCUUCAUCUUUGCACAGUAAUACUAAAAUAAAUGGUGCUCACCACUCCACUGUUCAGGGGCCUUUAAGCACAAAAAGCACUUCUUCAGUACCUACUCAUAGCAAGGCCACUCCCUCAUCAUUGUCCAAACCUUUAGACUGCAGUUUUAUUUCUGACUUUUACUCUCGUUCAAGACUGCAUCACAUAUCUACAUGGAAGUGUGAAUUGACAGAAUUUGUCAAUACCCUGCAGAGAAAAAACAAUGGUGUCUUUCCGGGAAGGGAAAAGUUAAAAAAAUUGAAAGUGGGCAGGUCUGCACUUAUGAUAGCUGACACAGGUAAUGUUUCUGUCUUAAGUUCAUCCAAGCAUCAGCGCUGUAUAAUGCACAUGGAUAUGGAUUGCUUCUUUGUAUCAGUUGGUAUUCGAAAUAGGCCUGAUCUCAAAGGAAAACCAGUGGCUGUUACAAGCAACAGAGGUGCUGGAAGGGCACCACUGCGCCCUGGUGCAAACCCACAGAUGGAAUGGCAAUAUUACCAGAAUAAGAUAUUGAAUGGCAAAGCAGCAGAAAAUAGAGUUCCUGAUAAACUGGACUCAUCAAUCGGGGAGAAUCCAGAUUCUGCACAGAUGAAUGGAGCUGACUUGGAUAUCUCUGGUUUGUCAAUGGCUGAAAUUGCAUCUUGUAGUUAUGAAGCCAGACAAGUUGGGAUAAAGAAUGGAAUGUUUUUUGGCCAAGCAAAACAGCUAUGUCCAAGUCUUCAAGCAGUUCCAUAUGACUUCCAUGCAUACAAAGAAGUUACACAGACAGUGUAUGAGACACUGGCCAGCUAUACUCAUAACAUCGAAGCAGUCAGUUGUGAUGAAGCACUAGUAGAUAUCACUGAAAUCCUUGCAGAGACCAGACUGACUCCUGAUGAAUUUGCAAGUGCUAUCCGCACCGAAAUCAAAGACCAGACUAAAUGUGCUGCCUCUGUUGGGAUGGGUUCCAAUAUUCUGCUGGCCAGAAUGGCAACCCGCAAAGCAAAACCAGAUGGACAGUAUCACUUAAAACCGGAGGAAGUGGAUGAUUUUAUUAGAGGUCAGCUAGUUAGCAAUCUUCCAGGAGUUGGUAGGUCAAUGGAAUCCAAGUUGGCAUCUUUGGGAAUUAAAACUUGUGGAGACUUACAAUAUCUUACUAUGUCAAAACUCCAGAAGGAAUUUGGUCCAAAAACAGGGCAGAUGCUCUACAGAUUCUGUCGUGGCUUGGAUGAUAGACCUGUUCGAACAGAAAAGGAAAGAAAAUCUGUUUCAGCUGAGAUCAACUAUGGUAUAAGGUUUACUCAGCCUAAGGAAGCAGAAGCUUUCCUUCUGAGUCUUUCAGAAGAGAUCCAACAUAGACUUGAAGCUGCUGGGAUGAAGGGUAAACGAUUAACUCUUAAAAUAAUGGUCAGAAAGGCUGGGGCCCCUGUAGAACCUGCAAAAUUUGGAGGCCAUGGAAUCUGUGACAACAUUGCCAGAACUGUAACUCUUGACCAUGCAACAGAUAGUGCAAAAGUAAUCGGGAAAGAAACACUAAACAUGUUUCACACAAUGAAACUGAAUAUAUCAGAUAUGCGAGGGGUUGGAAUUCAGGUGCAUCAGUUAGUUCCCAUCAAUAAAACCACUUCAGCUGUUUCCUCUCGCUCAUCAGUACCAUCUGGACAUUUACCUGGGGGAUCACAUUCAGUUAUCGAUCUUCUACAUGUUCAAAAAACUAAGAAAUCUUCAGAAGAAGAACAUAAAGAAGUAUUUGUGGCUGCUAUGGAUCUCGAAAUAUCGUCUGCAUCAAGAACAUGCACUUUUCUGCCAUCUCUCACUACCCAUCUGACAUCUGGUCUCAAUCCCAUUACCAGCAAGGCUGAGUCUGCAGUCAAAUGGAAUGGUUUACACACUCCUAUCAGCGUAAAAUCAAGACUUAAUUUAAGUAUUGAGGUUCCUUCACCUUCCCAGUUAGAUCAAUCUGUCUUGGAAGCACUGCCAUCUGAUCUCAGAGAACAAGUAGAGCAAAUGUACGCAAUUCAACAGGGAGAGACUUAUGGUGAUAGCAAAAAAGAGCCCAUGAAUGGGUGUAACAAUGAGUUUCUGCCACAGCCAGUUGGAACAGUUCUCUUACAAAUACCAGACCUCCAAGAACCAAACGGUGAUGCAGGAAUUAAUGUAAUAGCCCUGCCAGCAUUCUCGCAGGUGGACCCAGAGGUUUUUGCUGCUCUACCUCCUGAGCUGCAAGAGGAACUUAAAGAUGCAUAUGAUCAAAGGCAAAAGCAGUCAGAGAACAUAAUUUAUCAGCAACCGAUCAGCACCUUUGUAUCAAAGAAUCCUUUAUUACAGUUGAAGCAAGCAACCGUGAAAACUAAGAAAAAAAACAGGAAAAAAAAUCAAAUCAGUCCAGUGAAAAAGAUUCAAAGUCCUUUGAAAAACAAACUCUUGGAUAGCCCUGCAAAAAACAUGGUGGCUUCUUCCAGAAGCCCACAGAAGCUAAUAGAUGGUUUCUUAAAUCAGGAAGGUACAGCCACUGGUAAAUCUCAGGUGGAACCAGUUCCAUCAACCUCAAAUACUUCAGGCCCAUCAGCUUUGCAGACAGCACAGUCUGGCUCAAUUACAUCACGGGUACCAAAUCUAGCUGGAGCUGUUGAAUUCAGUGAUGUAAAGACCUUGCUCAAAGAAUGGAUUACAACUAUUUCAGAUCCCAUGGAGGAAGACAUUCUACAGGUUGUGAAGUAUUGUACUGAUCUGAUAGAAGAAAAGGAUUUGGAAAAGUUAGAUCUGGUCAUCAAGUACAUGAAAAGGUUAAUGCAGCAGUCUGUGGAAUCCGUUUGGAAUAUGGCAUUUGACUUCAUUCUUGACAAUGUUCAGGUGGUUUUACAACAAACUUAUGGAAGCACAUUAAAAGUUAUCUGAACUUAACUUGUAAUAAAGAGCUUGGUGGGAGCCUGGAGCUCUCUGCUAGCUGUGCCAUAAGUGCUUGUGAGGUAUUUGCAAAGUGCAUGAUAGUAAGGCUCUGAGUUUUUAUAAUUUUCAAUUUCUUUUUAAACAAAAAAGUGUUUUGUACAUUUCUUUUCAAAAAGUGCCAAAUUUGUCAGUAUUGCAUGUAAAUAACUGUGUUAAAAUUCUUUUAUUGUAGUAUAGAAUCUAUUUGCAAAAUGUUUGUUUAUAAAGUUUUAUGGAUUUUUACAGUGAAGUGUUUACAGUUGUUUAAUAAAGAACUGUAUGUAUAUUUUUGUACUGAUUCCGUUUUGUCAAUGCUUCAGUUUGAAUAUAGCUAACCCUUUAUUAAAGCUGUAGCUUUGAGUCAUUUUACUAAUCUCUGCAGUGGUAAGCGCUUAUUUAGCUCUCUCAAAAAAAUUUCUGUGAGAAAAAUCCUUGAAUCAUUGUACCUGUUUGUACACAGUAGUCUAGAAUACAUUUGAGUGUGACAGCUUAAAACUACAGGCAAUGCUUUGGGUUGAAUAAUUUAUCUUUCUUGCCUUUGGGAUUAUAAAGCCAGUACCCAUUGAA